UCCGCCUCUGCGCUUCUCACUCUCUGCCCGACAGCAGCCGAGAACACAGGCCGCCGUGAACUCUCCCGAGUCCGGAUGGUAAAAUCCAACCUCCAGCGGAUCCUCAACAGUCAUUGCUUUGCCCGUGAGAAAGAAGGAAAGAAACAGUGUCAAAACAGCAGCAUGGAGGCGCUCAGUAACAGUAUUAAUGACAUGAUGGGAAGUCUGUCUGUAUGUUGUAGUAGUACCACUGGUCCGGGGCCUCUGUGGUGCUCCGAUGCCCCUCACCCACCUCUGAAGAUCCCAGGUGGGCGAGGGAAUGGAGCACGGGAUCACACAUCCACAGCUCAGCAGCUGUACUCAGACAGGAAGUUGACUGUGACAGAAGAGCCUGGUGGGGCCGAUCGCCCCAGGAUACUGCACUUCCAGAGCCGCCCCACAGUUUCCCUGGUGAUCCAAUGGGAGGCUGUGCUCAGAGGGGAGGGGCUGUUCGUGGAGAUUCCUAGCGACCCCUUCCCAGAAGGCAGCAAGGAGAGCUUUAUCUCUCUGCUGGAGUUUGCUGAAGAACAUCUGAUGGUUGUCAGUGUGUUUGUCUGCUUUUAUAAAAACAGAGACGACCGUGUGAAACUGGUGCGUACGUUCAGCUUUCUGGGCUUUGAGAUGGUGAAACCGGGGCACGCUCUGGUCCCCGCUCGACCUGACGUCCUCUUUAUGGCCUACAACUUUGACAGGGAUUCCUCGGACGAAGAUUAGUCGCAUCCUCAUCCUCCCCCAGUCCUCGCUCGUUCACUUCACCCCCCCCCUCCUCUCUCAAUCUCUUCAUUGCCUACUUCCUGUCCCACAAACCCCCUAAACCGUUUUUCAUCUACAAUGAUUUGUGUGUAAAAUCUCAAUGAGUUUGGUUUGGGUUACAUUCAGCGAGGGAAUGUCUUAAGAGAUUUUACUUAAUGCUUGUUUGCUAUUUUUGUUUAUAAAAGUUUUCUUUUUCUGUAAUGUGCAACAACAACAAAAACAAGUCAUUCUGUUUAAACGUUUGGGUACGCAAGUUUUUUUUUUUUGGAUUGGAUAUUGAGUUCAAUGUUUUUGUUCUCUAUAGUAUGUUGAUGUUCAAUUUGAAGUUAUGAACCUCUGAUGUAAUGUAGGUUAUGUUUUUCUGUUGUUGGUUAUGGGGUUUGAUUUUUACCUCAAUGUCGUUGUCUUUCGACUGUCUGGAGCUGCAAAGCAACAGUUUUUGGAGUGAAUUGGGUUGAACAGGUAAACUUGAACCUGUAUGCAAUUUGAUAGUAUAUUUUUGAAUGUGAUUUGUAUUAUCUGAUCAAGAACAGUUUGUUUGACAACUCGACUGGUACAAUGCUCGAUGGGAAAACAAAAUCAACACAUCCAAAGCUCUAUUACCUCUCGUCGUCUUUAUUUUGUAUAUCAGAACCGUAUUUAGGCUUUUGUUUUGUGUUUGGCUGUGCUGUUGAAACUGUCAUUCCCUCUCUAUAUUUUAUAUUUCACAUUGUUUGGAAAUCUGUCCUUCACCUCUGUUCUGGUGCAUAUACUCCUGUGAUAAUAAAACCAUUAUUUAAAGACAAA